AGGAAAAUUUGGCAUUUCUUUUUUUUUUUUUUUGGUGGAGCAUGAAUCGUUUGCCACUAACAAGGUUAGUUCUUGCGAUUCGCUGUGUGCGCUUAUUGCGCGGUUUCUUCCACUGUCCGGGAAAAUGCUUUACGCACGCUUUCUGGCAGUGUGGGACUCCGGCUACCUUCUAUCGGGUGGUUCGUUUCUUUGCUUAAGCCGUAUACCCACUAAAAACCCGGGGCUCUUAUACCAGUCAGGGGGGUAGUUCCUUUCAUUGUGGAUUAAGUCUCCCCAUGUUGCGAUUACUUUCUGGCUGCUUAGUGCUUUCGACUGGAAUUUUUCUUCAUUCGUUUGUAGGGUGUCGAUUCUUAGUCUGAGGUUUAUUUGGUGUUCUAGUUGUUUCGUUAUUUGGUUCCAGGUGGGCCAUUUGUUCCUUGCCUUGUCGUGUUCUAUUAUUCUUGUGCACCUUAAUGUCCAGAUGAUGUAUGCUGUUUCGGAGACUAAGAUUUGGUAGAGUCUUGUUUUGCCUUUAUUGGGGGGUUCUCUUCGGUGUCUUCAUCGUUGUAUCUUUGGGAGGUGCAUCCCAUUAUGCAGCCGAAGGUAGGCUUUGUCCAGCCGCUGUAUUUUCGGUUCCGCAGUUCCCCAAUAAGGUUCCAUGCUUCUUGGCCUGGGAUUCGGCAUUCAGUGAGUAUGUGUUCCAU